GGUACUUACGGUCAGACUCUCAAUCCGACGCAGUGCAUCCUUCAGCGCGCAGCAUCCGACAACGGCCUGGACCGAGGACACGAGGACACCGCGUACCGUAGAGAUGUAGCCAUGAAUCAUCCACAUUAUAUCAGCUAAACGAAGGACCGUCGACAUUUAUUGUUUAUUCCACGGCCGUUAUCCGGAUCGCAGCGCGCCCAGCCCGCAAAAUGGCUGAGAUCAGUGAAAUACGCGCGGCGUACGAUAUGUCCCCAGUGCUGGCGGGGUUUAUCGGUGCUGGUGUGUUGGUCGUUGCAGUCAUUGCAUUAAUCUUUGUGUGGACUUGCUGUCAGAAACAUUACAACAGGACAAACUACAAGCUCCAUGGAAUCCAAUCGGAACAAAGUGAUCCUCUCACAGACCCACCGUACAGGUUUAUUCACAUGCUGAAAGGAAUGAGCAUCUACCCCGACGCGCUUACCAGCAGCAAGAAGAUCAUACGAGUAGCACGCCAGGCCAGAUCCCAGACCACCGACGGGGCUCAAAGCAACAAGGGUCGCCCAGUGGUGCUGGUAGAUAUGGAUUCGGCAGCAGAAAGUGGCCUGCUGGGAGAGAAACAAAUGCAGAUGAGGCUCGGGGAAAGUGGCCAUGAGGUUCCCAAGCUGGAGAGGGAACUUCCUGUGCAUGCAGAUUACUGCUGUCUGGACAGCAGCUCUGCCAGCAGCAGUCAGACCUCCAGUACUACGGUUUCCAGCACAGCUACACCCUUCACCCCCGCAGAAGAGCCCAGCCGAGGAGAUCUCAGCAUCGCAAUCGAUUAUAACUUCCCUAAGAAGGCCUUGGUGGUCACCAUCCUGGAGGCUCGGGGGUUACCGGCCGUAGAAGGCAAUGCGGGCAGUGCCGACCCUUAUGUGAAGAUGACCAUUCUCCCCGAGAAGAAACAUCGUGUUAAGACUCGGGUCCUGAGGAAGACUCUGGAACCUGCGUUUGAUGAGACCUUCACAUUUUAUGGUGUGCCGUACAGCUCCCUGUCGGAUCUCACUCUGCACUUCCUGGUGCUGAGCUUUGACCGGUUCUCACGAGACGAUGUGAUCGGGGAGGCGAUGGUUCCGCUGGCAGGUGUGGAUCCGAGUACAGGCCGGGUCCAUAUUACGCAACAGAUCACAAAGAGAAGUAUGCAGUGUGUGAGCCGUGGAGAGCUGCUGGUCUCUCUUUCCUAUCAGCCUGUUUCUCACAGACUGAGUGUGGUGGUGUUAAAAGCAAAACACCUUCCAAAAUUGGACAUCACUGGCCUAUCUGGAAAUCCGUAUGUGAAGUUGAAUGUGUUCUACGGCCACAAGCGCAUUGCCAAGAAGAAAACGCAUGUGAAGAAAUGCACGCUCAAUCCAGUCUUUAAUGAAUCCUUUAUCUAUGACGUGCCGGCCGAGUUGCUGCCAGACAUCUCUAUUGAGUUCCUGGUCAUGGACUUUGACCGCACUACUAAAAACCAGGCCUUGGGACGCCUGGUUCUCGGUGCAAACAGCCCCUGCCCCUCGGGAGCCGCCCACUGGCAGGAGGUCUGCCAAAACCCACGGCGCCAAAUCUCAAAGUGGCACACGCUCAAUGAAUAUUAGAGCUUCACCACAAUCUCUCUCCGCACACACGCUCAAACACAGGCACACAGGAAACAUUUAAUAAUGAGAGAGAGAGAGUUCUGGGAAAAGAUGCCUUUUUGUUACCGUCACUACAUUGAAGGUAACUGAUUAUCAGGAGGACUUGUAAAAAAAAAAAAA